AGCUAUCCGCGCGCGUUAGACGUCUCCGUUAAAUUGUAGAGACUGUCUCUACGUGUUUUAAAAAUAAACAAAUCAAAUAGGUGAGAAUUUAAUAAUUUGCUUCGAGUUUAAUGCGGGUUUGAAAUAGUGAGGUUAUGCUACGAUGAAAAUUGAACAAAAAGAAGAAAAGCUACUAUAACUUAGAAGAUAUUAGUCAAAGACAAGCCAAAGGGAAACAAUAAAACAGCCAAAUUAAAAUUAAAUGCCAAGUUUUUAAUACGAUUAAAAGAUGAGUUCCGAAACGCCUUCGCCUGCGAAAAAACUGAAUUUAGAGAGAGCCUCGAACUUUAUGAGGCAAUUUCGUGACCCAGACUCGAGGGAACUGAAGAAGCUGUCUGCUAACCAGUUUAUGGAAGUAUGGAGUCAUUAUGACAGGGAUGGUAAUGGCUACAUCGAGGGGACAGAACUAGAUGGUUUCCUUAAGGAGUUCGUUUCAAGUGCCAACUUUACAGAUAUAAGUCCCGAUGCGGUGUCAGAUUCGAUGUUGGUGGAGCUGAAGGCGUGCUUCAUGGAAGCAUACGAUGACAACCAAGAUGGGAAAAUUGAUAUUCGUGAGCUAGCCCAACUUUUGCCGAUGGAAGAGAACUUCCUACUUCUCUUCAGAUUUGAUAAUCCGCUCGAGUCGAGUGUUGAGUUUAUGAAGAUAUGGCGAGAGUAUGACACAGAUGGUAGUGGUUAUAUCGAAGCGGAUGAAUUGAAGAAUUUCCUCCGGGACUUGUUGAAAGAGGCGAAGAAAAUUAACGACGUAUCUGAAGAUAAGUUAAUCGAAUACACGGAUACAAUGUUACAAGUCUUCGAUUCCAACAAGGAUGGUCGCUUACAACUCUCCGAGAUGGCAAAGUUGUUGCCCGUGAAAGAAAAUUUUCUAUGUCGCCAAGUAUUCAAGGGUGCAACAAAACUAACUAAGGAUGAUAUAGAAAGAGUAUUCUCUUUAUAUGAUAGGGAUAACAACGGCUCUAUAGAGAAUGAAGAGCUACGAGGUUUUCUCAAAGAUCUUUUAGAACUAGUUAAAAAGGAUUACGAUGCUCAAGACCUGCUUGAAUUUGAAGAGACUAUUCUACAAGGAGUGGAAUACAGCAGUGAAGGGAAAAUUAGUAGGAAACAAUUAACUAUGAUACUUCUAGCGCUCGCAAAACACAACCAGGAAGAAGAUCCGGAAACUUAAAAGCCUCACGUAAUAAUACAAAUCCGUCCUGUAACCCAUGUAUCCAUUACGACUCAUGUUUUAUUUGUAAAAUAAAUCUUUUAAGGAAAAUAAAUGAAAGACCGGACUCUCUCUCUCCGACCGUACUCUUCAAUAGAUUUAUUGGAAUAUAAAGUACCCACAUUUAUAAUAUAGCCUUUUUACUAAGGAUAAAUGUAUUAAUUUGUCUUUUCUUGAUAUAGUAAUCGAAUGACUGGCAUUUAAGCGCAACAAAAUAGUUUUUAUUUAUCCAAUCAGAUCGAGUAGUUGAAAGACUGCAAAGUAUUAUACCAGCAUGAAAAAUCACAGUCCCGGCAACUUAAGAUACGGCUAUUAUCUGCAGGAAUUGCACCUAAAUAAAUUUAUUUUUUUAUUUUAAACUUAAUUAAUUAAACGAACUUAAUACACGAAAAGCUUAUAAAAAUAACCUUGAUAUAGCAAUUUAGUAUCAAAUUAUUUGUCUUUAAUUUGUUAUUAUUAUAAUUCACUUCUAUUUUACUAUUCUGUAAUAUUAAUGUUUUAUUUAACCGAACUUGUUGUUGAUUAUGAUGAUAUAAAUGUAUUUUUACUAGUCAAUUUAACUUAAAUAAGGAAAACUUAUUAGAUUUGUGGUAGUUAUUUUUUUCUAAAUGUCACACUUAUGUACGUCGAUUAAUAUGUAAAUUAAUCCUGAAUCAACAGCGCUUUACAACUUUAUGUGCUUAUAAUAAAUUGAUAAUAAUUAAUAUUAAAUUGAUGAUAAUUAAUAAAUAAUAAGCACACUGGACAAAAAAUCAAUAUCAAAAUUGAAAGUGUUACAGAAAUAAUUUAAUAAUCGAUUGUAUAAUUGUAUCGAACACUAACACGGCACAUCACUAUGUCCACAAGUCAUUUAGUCAAACUCGCAAUGAGAAUUUCUCCAUCUUAGUACCUACAUGUAUCGCGAGUUGAAUGAAGAAUUCAGGAAUGCGAUAGUGCUGUGACUUAUUUAUAAUUAAUAACCAUAAUCAUGAGUUUGUCGAUAAAUUUAUACAAAGUUUUAAAUUUACCAAUUUAAUUAUAUCUCAAAUUAUUGUUCUGCCUUUCUUCAAUACACAUGUCUAAAAAAAUUGCACCAUUAAUUCUCGUGCUUCUGCGAUGAAUAAAAACUCGUUUUUUUUGGAAUCUGAUGGACACGGAUCAAUCAUUAUUAAAAUAAAAAUAAAAACACGGGAUCAGCAUUAACACAAUGCACGGUAAGCGUACGUUAACUGACUAGGACGGCACAUUCAACGUAGGAUAUCGUACCUACAUUUCUCAUAUUUUCGGCUCUAUUCUACGAAAUAUCUGCGUUUAAUAUUUAUUAAUUGCAAAGAUCUCGACUUAUAUAUACUUAGAUUAAGUUUGGUGUGCGCUUUUACUAAAAGGGUAAAAAUAAAGCUUUAUGUAUUGAUGUUAAAAAUAUAUUUAGGUAAGUGUUUAGAUAUUUUGAUGUAAAACUCUUGGUGUUGUGUUCAAUUAUGUGAAUUGUUAAAGAUUUUCUCAAAAUAGGCUCACAUUCGUAAACGGUAAUUCAAACUGCGGAAGUGCAUUGUUAUAUAGGUAUACGAGUGGUAAAAAUUUGUACGCGGUGCACAUUACUUUAUUGCAGUAAUGUCAUUGCCGACGGUAAUAUCCUUCCUUUUACCUAACUGUCAUUCAUUCAAACUGUUGACUUGAUUUUUUCCGCACGGUAUAUCCGGUAAACUUCAGUGACAUAUGAAAAUGUAGGAACCACAGAUUACUUAGAAGAAAUUAAUAUUUAAAUAAAAUAUUUUUUAAAGGAUUAAAACGACUGUAAUUGCAGCUGUGUUUUUACAUAAGAUUUUGCGUAAAAGUUACGUUUUUAUUAUUAUUUCAGUCCCCCUGAAAACUUGCUCUGUAUAGGUCACGAAACGUCGGGCUUACUAUGUACCUAUACCUAACUGGUAAUUAAUUAUUCAGAUUUAAUUAUUGUUUAAAAAAUGACAACCCUAAAGUCGUUAGAAGAGGUUAGAGCUACGCGAUAGAUGGACAGGCAACUUGUAGGUGAAUAUAAUUGUAGGUAAUUAGCGCUAUGCGAUCUAAAUUAGACCUAAUUAAAUCGUAGCAAGAGUCCCUAUUUCUUCAACUGAUUUUGCGGAGUGAAUCUUCUUUACCUUUACUAUGAUGUAUUAUGUGUAUGUGACUUAGAAGUCAGAUUUUAUAGGACUGUCAGGACUCAAUAGAACAUACAAGAUUCUUCCGGCUCUGUCUCUCAGUCUUUUACAUAAUAAUGAAUAGUUGAGGCAUCUACCAUACCAUUGAUAUGCAGAAUAAAAAGUGUAGGUUCCAGCAAUAUCUGUCAACAACGACCUGUAUGCCGCAUCCAGUCAGGAAACUGGUGGUCCUUUUGGAUACUUGCAAUUCUUGGGAAUUCCAAAUGUUUCGAGAGAAGCGCCUUAAAAGGCAUUACAUUCAUAGCCCUACUGUUAGUCGUUGGUCAAAAAGGGCACCCACUAGGUAAACCAAGAGCCGGCGGUUAAUUAUACUUUCCGUGAUUUCAGAGAGCAAGGGAUAAUAGAAAUAGUGAUAGCAAUAUUAAAACACAGUUAAAAUUACACGCGUUUUUAAUCUUUUAAAAAGUAUUUUAUGUAAAUGUGUAACUGUUAAUCAGAGAAAAUACUAAGUAGGUUAUAUGUUUUGUAUGAACCAGCACAAACUUGCGGGGAAAAUCCGUAAAUUUAUGUACUACCGGAAUUUUUAUCGCACGAAUACCUACUCUGUGGACUUCUUACAUUGACGAGUGAUGUUCGAACUUUGAAAUAUAUUUCUGCAUGAACUCGUCUUAAGGAUGAAGGGUUAUAUCAUUUAUAAUUAUAUUUUUAUUGGCAGUUCUAACUGAUGAGAGGUAUAAGAGGUAAAAAUUAUCAUUAAACCAAAUAGGUAUAAUAUUGUAAAAUCCAGCAGUACAGACAAUCUGGUAUAGGAGGAGAAGAACUCACUAGUGCCAACCUUUCAAAACCAACAUAAAAUAAUCAGUAAUUUUGUUUUUGUCUUAUUUUCGUUUUGAAAGCGUACAUAAACAAGCAGUUUUUUGUUAUGAAAUGAUAAACAGUAAUUUUACCAUCUUAGACAAUUUAUACGUCUAGAUAGUCUCUUUCUCUUAGACAACCGAUGAAAACGGGCCAGGUUUAAUACUUUAGUGCGCGUGAAAAGCUACGUUUUACACUCGCGAUUUGUAUGACAUGACACUUUGCGUUAGUGUGCGUGCAUUGCUCAAAAUAGACGUAAAUACUAAACUCAAUUUUUUUCGACGUUUUCACAGCUGUCAUAGUCCAUCAAGACGUAUAAAAAUGAUCUAAGCUUACUAUAGUAGGUAACAUGAAGGCAUCUUUUGAGAUUUUUUGAGAAUAUAAUUUUUUAAUGUAAGGGCCUACGUUAGCUUUGGAUAUUUUAAAGCUUUGAGUAAAUCAUAAUUGUGUUGUAUUAUCAGUUCAAGCUCGGCAAAUAGUCAGAAAAUAAGCAGUCAAUUACUUAUCUCAAUUUAAUAAUGGAAUCAAAUAAAUUGUGAAGAUUCUAUUAAGAUAAUAUAGAACCAGUACUUAAUAAUUUUAUUUCUUACAAAUCACUAUAAUUCUAGACUGUGUAUGCCAAAUAUCAAAUUAAAUGCCAAAAAUGAAGACAAUCAUUAAAAAUAAAACUUAUCACAUGAACACAUAUUAAGUAGUAUGAAUACGACGAACUAAAAGUUCACAGUAAGAAUUUCGUUUUUAAAACAAAAUUCACAAAUCAAUGUAUUCCUAGUAAGAAAAGAAUAAACCAAAACUAUCAAUAUUAAUAAUUAUGAUUAUAUAAACAAUAAGUGUAUCUAUGUGAAUUAUUUAACUACUAAUAAAAUAAUGUUUAGUUUUGUGUACCUACUCAAAAUUUAAUAACUUAUUUGCGGAAUAGAAACCCCAAAGAUUGUAAAAUAAUAAUAUUUCAAUACCUAAGUACCUAUUCAAAUAUAUUAUUUGGCUGAAACGAUUUCUUAGGAGCAAUUAGCACUUAUAACAUUAUUGUUUGACUCUAUAAUUAUGUGCUUCUUAGAGUUCAAUUUCCUUCUUUAUUGCUCGUAUUUCAGGAUGAUUCUCAGCCGUCUGUUCAGGAAUUAAUAAAAGGCUUUUGAAAGUUUUCUAUAAACUUCGUGUACUGAGAGUGUGCCUACGGUCCCUCUCAUAAUUUCGUACAUUAAUUAAUUGCAGGAAGCUUCCUUCAAUAGCUAUUGAGACUCUUGGCAACCCUGAUUUGACAGAACACAGAGAUGUCAAAUACGUCAACUUGAUUAUAAUUUAUAGCGCGCUCUAUAACGGAUUUGACAUCAAAGAGGAUGUAAAUAAACAUUCCGAUAAAAUUCUAAAAACACGAUUCGUAUUCUCGCUGUUGGUUUUAAAUGCAUACUGCAUAUUUUAAUUAAUUUGUGCUUAUAAUAUGUUAUUGUUUUGACUAAAUAAGAUUUUAUAAACGAUAUGGACAUAAUUUAUUAUAUAAUUAAUUUAUAAUAACCAUAAAUUAAUAAUAAAUAAAAUAAUGGAGUGGAAUAUUUUAGAAAUAAAAUUAUGGUAAACAAAUUCAAUUAACAAUAAAAUGUCAAUUGUCACGAUGACAGCUUGUAAUUGACGUUGUCAUUUAUACGUUUUUUUUCCCUGGAAGACACCUAUCAAUAAUAUAUUUUUAAUAACGUAAAAAAAAAUUUUUCGGUAUCGGUUGACCAUAAAAGCGCAACAGACAUUGAAGCGCCUGAUAACUAAUAUAUGAAGCAUGUGUGCGUGAACAACCGUUUUCUAUCUAUCACGUCCCAGUUGGCGUUAUGGAAUAAGGCCGACUCUCAGUCACUUAGCAGAUUUUCUAGAGAUUAGUGAUUUGUGACACUCCCUGAAAUACGGGCAAUUAUUUUCAAUACUCUUAUAGCAAUAAUAAGACGCGAAUAAUGAUAACCAUUUUAUCAUAAUAUUUUAUACUAAUUACAUAAUUCAUAAUUUACUGUAAGUCGAUGUGAUAAUAUAUAAAUGUUAUAAGAAUAAUUUGUUUUUGUAUAACCCGCUAAAGUAAGGUUGUUGUCAAAAAAUAGUUAUUCCUGGCACUGUAUGUUGACGCAAAUAAAGUAUUUAUAUUUGUAGAAAUGUU